UUCAUAUUCUGUAAACCCACUUAUUCUAAGACAUUGUUCUGUCAAAUCCCAAUAAUGUUUCACUUUUUAAUGUUAACCUUCCAUUCAGAAGUGUGAUGAUACAGUCUACAGCUGUCUUGUUCAUAUCUAAGCAGGAAAAUGAAUAUUGUCCAGCUCAGCAAUGAUAAAUUAAAAUAACAUGUGCAUACCAUUCCCAAUCAGUUUUCUUUGACAGAAACAAUAAUUUCACUCAUGCAUUCCAAGAAAAUCUAUGUUGAUUGUAUUUUGGGCCUACUUCUCUUAAAAUGUCAUGUACAAAUAUUUCUUUGUCAAGCCUGAACUAAUGUAUAUAAAGAAAAUAUUGUAAAAUUAUAUUUUCAUGUUUUUAUACCUACCAAUAUGAUGAGAAUGCAUACUGUAUUGGUAUUUCAAUCUUCAAAUUACCAAUAAUGUUGAUUGGAUAGUACACAUCUCAUUUUUAAAACAAGUUAAUCAUAAUAUCCAUGUUACAACACACCAGUAUAUAUUGCUAUAUAAGUAUUCUGUGUACAUUUAAGUGGAAAAAAUAGUGAUGAAUGAUGACAGCUGUAUUAAGGUUUUUUAAAGUUCAUUUUAUAGAGAACUCUUAUGGAACAACCAAAAUGUUUGUGGGCUAAUUCUUGUAUAAAUUUCAAAAUGUCCUUUAUUGUACACUUUUGUUUAUAUGGUAUGGUAUUUUGAUUUCUGCUUUGUUAAUUGGGUAUCAGUACAAAGCUGGUCAUACACUUUUAAAGGCUUCUAAAGCCAGGAUUAUUUCUAAUUUUUCAUGUGUACUUAUAUAUAUAAAAAUGCUUCUGAUUUUAUUUUUGAAUCCAACACAUGAUGGCUUUUUUGAAGUGUUGUACAAAUUUCAAUCAUAUAUAAACUUCAUUCUUUUUUAAAAAAGGCAAAUAAUUAUUAAGUGAUUUAUUUAGUAUUAUUUAUAUUAUGCUUUGACUUUUCAUAAUUUUAUUAAAGAAUUAAAACUGCUACUAAAGGAGAGAUACUUUAUCUUGAAAGGAAUGUUGGCUAGUGGCAAAAAUAAGAGCUAAUUUGGCAGAAAAAAAGUAGAUUACUGUAAGCAUUCUAACACAUCAAAUUAGUAGAAAUGGAGUAAGAAUUUGUCCAGAUAUUAAAUGUGCUCUAGAAAUAUAGAAGAAAAUGCCUGUAAAUUGGACUAAUAGAUUAAGUAGAGCUUCACUUAGACAAAAAUCCUAUAUAGUUUUUUUGUUAGUGGGGGUUUCUAAAUGUUCAAAAAUAUUUCUGUUAGAUUUACAUAUUUCAAACACACUAUUUCAAUUUACUUAACAUUAUAAAAAGAUGUUUUGCCCUCAAAUGAAUAAAGGUGAUGUCAGUUCCAGGAAGAAAUUAGGAUGCUAUUAAUCCAAUUGAAAAAAAUUGAUAUUGUUCAUUCUUUCCCUCUUUCUACACAUGGAAGCAAAUAUGCAACCAAUGACAUCUACAAUUAGACAAUUCUUCUGUUCAACAGGAUAUACAAGCAAGAGGCUUAUAUAUCAUAUAUAUUUCCUAUUGUUAUUAUCAAAUUUAACCAACCAAUAUUUUGUAGUCAAUGAAAUUACUAAUAUAUAUAAAUGUUUGGUCUAUGUAUAGAGUUCAUACUAAUAAGCUCUGAGACAAAGCUUGUGUAAAUUUCAACUUCCCACUCAAUUAUUUCUGAACUUUAGAAUAUUCUCUAGCUAAAUAAUAAAAUCCAGUAGCUCCUGUCAGGACUUGAAUAAAACAUUUUAUUGCUUGAAGCAAAGCAGCACUACAGCCUUCAAGCACACACCAUCAUGGUAUCAAGUAUUUAACAGGCAUUCAUAAUUCCCCCGCCAAUGAAAAGACAGUAAGAAUACAUUUGCAAGCAACGUGUUGCUUUUUUAUGCACCAAAAAGCUGAUGCAAUUGUUCUUUCAGCUUCCAUCAUGCUCCUGUUUCACAUUCCACCCAGAAACAAUUUCCUACAGAAUAUGAAACUCAUCACUUCAGUUGGGCAAAGCAGUGAUAGUGAAAAACCACUCAUUCAUAAUUCUUAGAUAGAUCUUGUUAAACCUUUGCAUACAACUUCUUUUGGUUAUUUUAAUCUUUUCCAAUAUGAUGCUUCCUGUCUACAUAAUAAAUUUCAACCUAAAUUCAAGCUUCCAGCCAAAACUAUUAUUUGAACUAAGACUUGCCAUAGCACAUUUAGUGCUACUCUAGAAUAAGCACAUUAACAUUUGCGCUCAACUUCAAGAAGAUGAAUUGUUUUGUUCCCAUUAAAAAUCAACAAUUUUAAAUACAAAUAUUCAAAAGUCCAGGCAAUUAUCAAUGGAUAUUAAUUAGAUAACAGAUAAUCUAAAUGUGACCAGAGGUUAUUUAGUUGCAGGUGUGAACAAAAAUUAGCCUGAGUCACAAUCUACCAAUGCUCUCUCUAAAGAUAUCAUACAAUGGGAGAAAGGUUAAAGAGCAUUUGGUAGUCAUGGCAACUUAAGAGUAUAGAUUUGGAGAAAGUUUAUGAGAGUAUUAAUGCAUGUGUUAGAUAAAGUCAGAAAAAAUUGUUUAAGAGAAAAAGAGUGAAUAUAAAUUAAAUUGAAUAAUGAUUGUCAUCAUGAAUAAUGACAACUCACUAAGUAUGAAUGAUUCUUUUGGAAACUGAUAGAAAAAUGAAAAAUCUUGUAAUCUUAACGUUAAGAUAAAGUAUACACAUCAUAAAUAGACAGGGAAGGCCAAUUUUAUUGCAUUAAAAUGUAAGUUAUAAGCACAGAAAAUAGAAUUCCUUUCUAUUUUCCUUUCCUAAUUGGAAUUAGCAGAAGAAAGACAGCACAAUUUUUAUAUGCUGCUCAUGUUCUUUGGCUGUCUCAACUCAGUGAAGUGAGGUAGCUGGCUUAAAGGGGCCCUUCUCAUUUGUGGGCCCGCUGAGAGAAUGCCUUCCACACAGUGGGGUGCCUGGUGCUCAAGUUAAUCUAUUUUUAGCAUCUGGAAAGACAUUCAUAUUCUGUCUAGAAUUUUUAGAGUUUUAAAGUCAUUUGUUUUAAGUGCCCAGUCUAUGCAAGAAUAGCAGAAUUAAAGUCUUGUACACUACUAAUCAUUUAAAACUACAAUUAGUUUUUCUUUUCAGUUCUUCUUUCUCUUCCUUUUCUUUAUUCUUUUAGCUGUUGAACUUCAAAAGAUCGAUUUUAGAUUUAAGUAGGAAUGGGAAAGAUUUGUUUCCAUUAAUCUUCAAAUUUCUAUUAGUAUCUUUAACUUGUACACCAAACCAAGACAAACACAUGAGUCUUUUGGGACCCUACAGAAAAUUAUUGUUUAAGAUUUGGAUCGAUUUAUUAUUUAUCACCAACAAAAUUUACUUGUGUUGAAGCCAUCCAAGUAUUGAAUAAUGCCCAAUUAUUAUUUUUACUAAAUUACAAUCUUGCUUGAAUGAUUUAUAAAGAAUGGUUUGUGAUGUUUCUACCACUCUUUUUUGUAAAGUAGACCUUAGGUUCAGUAAUAUGUAUGGACAGGUUGCAGUGGUUUAACUAAUAAUAUUGAAUAGUAUGACAAGCAAACCUCUUAUAUUAGUCAUGGAGAUAGUUGUAUUUACCACAUUGAUGCAAUUUUCUUGAUUAGUGACAGCUCAAUAUUCAUUACUAUCAUACCUUUUUGGAAUGUCAGAUCAAUAAUCUUGCAAUGGGUAUUAUCUAUACCCAUUUAGCAAUUUAUUUUGUGAUGUAUUAAAAUUGUAUCAUGUAAUGUGUAUGUCUCAAUGUUCCAUUUUUGCCAUUAUGCAUUAGGUAUACCUUUAGAAGUAUUAAUUUUGUUUGCUUCAACAUUGAGACUAAGAAAUUAGAUAACUAUCUGGUUGUCAUAGAUUCUUAGAUUUUUGAUGUUGUUAAUUUACUACAGAAUACUUUAUUUGCGGCAUUAUUCAAUUUCUUUUUUUAUUCAUAAAAAUAUCCUUUUGGAUUAACUAUGAAGGCUUGGCAGCACAGUCUUGUGCUAGUUCGACUCCUUUCUCCAAGACCAGUCCAAUCAGUGUUAAUAGGGAGUAGAGGUCCAACCCUUGGCCAGUUUCUUGAGGCAUGCCACAGAGCUUGGUACUCUUUCCUUGGUACUCAUUCCUUUUUAACAUCCACAUGAAGCCACUGGGAGAGAUCAUCCAUCACCAUGGUAUCUGCAGUACACUGACAAUACUCAACUUUGUAUUUCCAUCCCUGAUGACCAGUGAUGUUGUACUUGCCCACUUGCAAUGCCUGGAGGCUGUGAGGACCUUCCAUAAGGGUCUAAAGGCCUGGCUAUGCCACUUUGCUUGGGCCCCAAUGGGGGAGUAUAAUAGUAGAGGAGUAGAGUAGAGUAGAUCAAUUAACAAUGGAUCCCACCUCUGCCCAAUCCUGCUUCUGCCCUUCCCAUCUUAUAACUGGGCCACUGUAUUUGACUCUGUAUAGUUUUUUAUUUAUGCUUUUAUCUUUGUGCAGUUUAUAUUUUUUAUUAUUGUAAGUCGCCCACAGUUACCCUGAGGUAAGAUGGGCACCAAUAAAUUUUAUAAUUAGUAAGUAAUCAACUCUUUUUAUUCAAUUCAUAAAUAUAAUUAGUGAGAAAACUAAUGAAUAAAGCAAACAGAUUUAAAAUACUUUACAUCCAAAGAAUUAACCACAGGAACCUUAAAUCUAACUUGAUUUUCUUUAAAAUAUGAUUGAUAACCACAAAUAGUCUUUAUAUAAUGUUUAUUAUUUAGUAUACAGGGCAUAUACUACAUUGUUAUUUCCCUUUUGUUUGUUAUUAUUUAUUAGUUAUGGGGCCUUUUUGCAUCUUUCUAUAUUUUUAUGGACUUUUUCAAGUUUGUGAAAUACUAAUAAUCAUAAUGAUAAUCCUGUAAUGAUAUCUGUAAUACUAUCAAAUAUCCACAUCUGCCUAUUCUAGAUCCUUGGGAAGGAUGCAGUUGGCAGACAAAAUGCCAAUUCAGUCUGAACAUCUGUCUGACUAUGCAAUGGACAAUAAUAUUUUUAAAAAUAGUAACUAACUAUUCUAUUAAUACUAGCAAUAAUAAGUCUGAUAGAUAAUCUCUUAAAUAUACUCAGAGUUGGACUCUCAAAAACAUGGGCAAGUCCCCUAAUUUAUGAGUGUGGCCAAUGUUUAUUAGAUUUGGGUACCUCCUGGGCUGUCAAGGCUUCCCAAGAGUAAGUGGUGGCAAUGGCCCCAAUGACAAAAGAAGACAGUUGCUUUUGCCUCAGAGGGGCCAGUGAUGUAUUCAAUCCUCAAGAAGCCAUUGGUAGAUCCAACAAUUCUGGACAACUAUCAUCCCGUUUCCAGCAUUCCCUUUCUAUGGAAGACUGUUGAAAAGAUGGCCAGACAACAGUUGUAGAGGGAUAUUAAAAGAAGCAAAUGAUCUAAACCUGUUUUAGUUAUUUCAGGCCAGGAUGCAAUAUGGUAGUAUUUGUAGAAGCUGUCUGGUGGGAUCAUUUUUGGCCUGAUUGCAUCCAAGAUAAAGAAGCCUUGUGCUUCUUUAUCUCUCAGUGGCUUUCAAUACAAAAUCAUAAUGUUAUUCUUCUGGAACAUUUGUCAUGUUUGGAGUUGGGGUACUGUAUUAGUUUCCUCUUCUUCCUCUAUGAUCAAUAUCCAGUGUUGAUAGGAAGAAAAGCCACACGUACACUCUCAGUUGUGAAUUGCUUCAGAGCCCAAUGAAUUUCCUCUCCUGUUUAACGUCUAUAUGCAAUUGCUGAUAAGGUCAUGUUAUCGUAAGUAUGCAUAUGAGAAAACAUGGGCUCACUUCUGACAUGACCAAGUGGCUGUCAGUGUUCUCUGUAUCAAAGAACAAUGUAUUUUCAUCUGUGAUUGUGCAUAGAGUUGCCAUUCCCUGUUCAAGACUGGGAUACUAUCUGGGGUUGUUUUGGACUCACAGAUCUUGCUCAAAGUGUUCAUUUUGAAGCAGUGCUGAGUUCAACUAGUACCUUUUAUACUGGUCAUACUCAGCUUUUCACAUUUCAUAUUAACUCAGCUGGAAACCAGUGUUGUGCUCCUGGAUGGUAUGCACAAAGCCUAGUGCUUUCCUUCUUCUACUUCAGGCUCACACGAAGCUCUUCUGCCACAGAGAAGGCUGCCUCAUUCUAGUGGUUCCAAAUGCCCUUCCUUCUCUCUUUCUCCUCCUCCUUACCCUACCCCAAACUGGAGUCUUAUCUAUGUCCCUAAGCUAGUUAUCUGCCUUCUUUACCAAAGAAGCCUCUUUUUCCUGCAUUCUACUCUCCCUCCCACUGCAUGAUCUUUAGCCUUUAGGGAUUGGGCCAGGUUAAACUAUAACCUGAAGCCAGAUGAUCUUGGAAGAAUUUCCUAUCUCUUCCUAAAACCUCUAACUUCCAUUUCCAAGGUUUCUACUUCUUUCAUCUUGCAGUCUAGCUAUUUAAGUUAAUAAUCGUAAUUUUUAUUGUCUUAUGUCAACUUCCCUGCAACCUAAGGAUUAAGCAACUAUUUUUCAUUCAGACCAAUUCCUUCCUCCUUUCUCCUCUCCAUUUUUUAUCACAGUGCAACUGGGUACAACUGGGUAUCAUGUUAUCCUUGAAAAAGCCCUUAUUUUUUCAUAUUUUUAAAAUGUGUCAUGUGGAAUAUUUAGUCCAGAAAAUAAAUAUUUUGUUAAUAAACUCAACACAGGAAAAUCAAUCAAAUAAAUUAAAAUAGCACUUCCCCCAUAUAUAGACAAGUGUAUGGAUUGGAAAGCAAAGUCAAUUAUCUAGGACACAUACGUACCUUGAAUGAGAAUAAAUCUCAUUUUACCGUCAUAUUGAAGUAAUAUGCUUCAAUAUUAACUGUGUUCAGAAGUGUUCUUGUGUCAAUUCCCCCAAAGUCUUUGAUUGUAUAUUACUAUAUUCAGUUAUAACUGAUUAUAUGGAUGACUUAAACAAAAUAAUAUAUUACUGUAGGUAAAGAGCUCUGGAUUGAUAGCCAUUUAGUAUUUAUUUCUGAUUAGAUAAUGGAUUACAUAUACAUAUACAUGUUCAUUGGAUAAAAAUAAAGAUUACAUGCCAAAAUACUCAAAAAUUCCCAGUUAAAGCAGAACUUCUAGGCUUUUUAAAAAUGAUUUUACAUCACUUUGGGUUUUAUGGACACAAAAAUAUUUUUAAUGGUGAAACUAUACUUUAAAAUUAUUUCUAAAGAUAUAUUUAAAGGUGCAUGUUUGAAAAAGCUGUAUCUGGGAAAAAAAGGUUAGCAUUUUAACCUACAUGUUCAAAUUUUUUAAAAAUGUAGUCUCUGUAAAUUAGAUGGAAGAUACAUGUGAUUAAGUACAAGUGAAACGUAAUACUGAUACUGACUAGAUUAAAUCAAACCCAAAUAUGAGGUAUGAUACAGCAAUGCCCCAUAAAGCAUUUGGUAAGUAUUCUAUGCUGAGUCAGCUGUGUAGAAGAUAGUUAUUUUUUAAAACACACACAGAAAGGGACACACGUACACCUAUCUCCAUAGACUCUCUAUUAUCUUUUACUGAUAUGUCUUUGGAAGCUGUGUUCAAUUACCACCUUUCUUCUUUCCCAGACUGGUGGCUUCCAGAUUGUUGAUGCAUCUGUUCCUAUAAUUCCUACCAGCAUGUCCAUCUUUUGGGAUAUUGCUACAGGUUUUCCAUGGACACAGUUGGAAAUAUAAAGGAUUUGUCCUUAAAUGUAAAUACAAUUCUUCAUAGUAUAUGUGUUUAAAUCAGUUGGUUAAAAUUAAGUAAGUACAGAAGGUAGUACGAUAUUUAUUUAUUUAAUGUAUAUGUCAUUCAUAUUGCUAUUAAAUGAUUCUAAGUGGUUUACAGCAUAAUAAAAACAAAAUAUUAAACAUUAAAAUGAUAAAUGUUAACAUUAAAUUAAAAAAAUAGUUAAGGAAGGAACCAAUAUAUUAUGGGGGUCUUUUUUUUUAAUCCAUUAACCAUUUCCAGUAUGGGACGCCCCCUUUCUGUGGAGACCAAUCAUGGGUAAAAUCAACUAUAUUUUCCUUCAGACAAGGCCAGAAGAAGAUAUUAUAAGGGAUAUUGAGAAAUUGCUACAGGAGCCAUCACUUAACAAACUGAGAUAAUUCUAACCAGAAUUGCCUGCUUUCAAUGACAUCAGUUCUUCGGAGUGUCUGACAAAUGCAUUUUAUAUCAUAUUUGAUCCAUCCCUUUAGGUACUGUUGCUAGAGAUUGAAUCUUGGCUAUGCUAGAAUGCACAUCUCAGCCUGGCUUGCACUUGAGCACACAUUGUUUUGGAACUUGCUGAUCAUGACUUCUUGGAUACUGUUAAAGUUGCAAGAACUUCAAGAACUGACAUAAUAUAGUUGGCAAUCACUAGUGAAUAAAAAGUCAUUUGGAAAGAAAUGAAUUUAUACAGUAUGGAAGGAGAUUUAUAAAAUGAUUCUAAUGGAACUGGUCAAGCUAAGCAGCAGGAAUAGCAAUCACCUGCUGGUAUGAAAUUAGGUGAAAGAAACUUUAUUAGAAAUGCUGAGCUCUGGAUUCUAAGAAGUUAUAGAGGCACAGAUUAUGAAAUAUAAAUCAUUCCUUUAUUAUAAAAAAAAAAGCUUGCUUCAUAAAUAUUGAGAACAUCCUGAGGAUAAAUAAAAACCCUUUAACCAAAAGAACAUUUUAUCUUCAAUUUUAUAAAUAGUGAUUAUUUAGGGAGGGGAAAGAAACCAACAUAGGCUUGAAUAAUAUGGGCACAAUUGAAAGGACAAAUUAGUUUUUAAAGAAAAAAGUGAAUGAAAUUAAUUCGCCUUGAAAAGAAUACAAUGAAUCAUAUACACCUCACUGAGCUUCUGGAAGAUUUCCUAAACUGAAAAAUACUAGCAAUUUCCCUACUUUGACAAAUUACUGUCAAUCAGUUCCCCUCUGAUGAUUAAUUCUAUUCACUUGAAAAAGUCUCACAGAAUAUGAUCUCAAAGGGAUAGACAAAAUCAAAAGUCCUGUAAAAUGAAAGGAAAUUUAACAAUAGUGUCUAAUCAACUGCAUCAACUCGAGAAAAAUGAAAUGAUAAAAGGGUACAAUAAAAUAACGUAAAAGUUCUUUCCAUUCAGAUUUCACAAAUACUACUGAAAGUUCUCAGUGAAAUCUUUUGACAUGUUUAUGUACAUUAUUAGUGGAGAUCCCAGGCCUCCAUAGGGUAGCAGUUCAUAUGCACUGAAGAUCAUGGAAAACUGUCUUUGCUUGUUUUUUUGUUUGAUUUAGUUAUUUAGUUAGUUUUAUAGAAUGCCCAAUUUGCAACAACUCUGGGAAGCUUACAAUUAAAAGUUUUUAAAAACAAAAUAAAAAUAACCUUGAUCCUAUCCAAAAGGGAUCAACACCAACGUGCCGCAAAGCCUGGGAGAAUAAUUUCUUAAAUGUCACCAUAGUGGUCAGAUAAUUGAUUCUAUCCCAAUCUUUUCAACAUUGACUGACAAAAACUUUCCUUUCAGGAAGGAAUCUUCCUAGUUAAUUGAAGUUUCAGGGAUAGAGAAUUUUCUGCAUAGAAACCCUGCACACUGCCACUGAGAUACAGAAUAUCUUAUUGUUGCUGUCAAAGUAUUGGGCACUGCACAGUAUAAGUAGAAAUAUAUAUUUCUGUAGAGAACAGAAUUAAAGAUGUAAAAAGAAAAGUAGAAAAAUAAUUUUGUUUUUGUCUUCUAGUUUCAUGAAUAAUUUUAAGCCCAAGAUAAAUAUUCUCUUUGCAAGGGAAGUAUUGACAGGAAAAUAAAUAACUGUUACUGUCUCCAUGGAAAAUUGGAAUAAAACUUAGAAAGGCUUUAAGACAUAUGGAUUUGUUGCCUGCCAAAAAUUAGAGCUAUUGACUUCCAAAAAUCCCAACCAGAUGGCCAGUCAAGGAUGCAGAAUAUAGUUCCGAGAUAUAUAAAGUGCUACAAGUGUAACCAACUUGUUUUAAGAAAAAAUACAAUGUCAAGCUAACAAUUCAAUAAAGGAGAGAGAUAUUGUGUGGCCAUUACACUGUGUGUGUGUGUGUGUGUGUACCCACCCAUUUCCUGUCAUUUCCUCCAAAAAUCCCACACAGCAAAAUACCUAGAACCCUCUCUUCAAUCUAAUAAAUGUAUAGAGUAAAUGUGUGCUAUAACAAUUUUCAGAAACAAGAUGCAGUUAAUGAAGAAAAGAGUUCUGUUCUUUGAUUGCAUGCUGUCAAAUAAGGUUCCAUUUCAUGUGAAUGGGAUUUUUCAUGGAAGCCAGUUGCCUUGUGUAAAGGAUUUUGGUGGGGAAAAUGGGGAAAAAGACAGAGGCAUGGGAAAGAAAGGGGGAAGAAAGAAGGGUGAAAAAAAAAAGAAAGACAAGAGAGUGGCACAGAAAAAAGAAAGAAAGAAAUUCAUUAGUGCUGUCCCCAGAUACUCCCUCAGUCUUAACCUACUGUAAUUCUGACCUGCUUACCUGUGGUAUAAGCUCCUAAUUCUAAAAGUUCUGCCCUAAGAAAAAAAGGUUUCUAUUCCUGUCCUAAAUUGUUUUCACAGUAUAGCUUCUAAUGAUGCAGUAAUCUAAUCAAACCAAUCCUUAUUUUCUACAGAAGAUAAAGAGACUCUCUAUAUAAACCAGAAUUCUUAAUCAUAUUUCUUAAGUAUUUUUCAUUCAUGAAUAUGAUGAUUCAGUUAUAGAGUGAUAUGUACCUCUUAUCAGUUUUAUCUGUAAGGGAAAAGAAGCAAAAAUGCAUACAUACAGUAUUCACUGUAUAUUCACACAACUGAAAACAACUGAAGUAAUAACUUUUCCCAAUGUUCCUUCAAUAUUGCUGUUAUAUUAUUCCAGAAUCUUCAUUCUUUUGAAAACUACCAGCAUUCUGUCCAAGGAAGCUUUUCUCUAAAGUAUAAAAAAGUAUAAAGUAUAGAAAUGAAAUUAUGGUACCUGAAGAUUUAUAAAUGAGAACUUUUUUUGGUUUCUAAUGUCAAAUGCAUGUAAAAAGGCAAACAGUGGGGUUUUUCAACUUAAGAGAAGAGAUACAGUCAUAGGAAUCCAAACAUUCAAAAUAACACAGGAAAAAAAUGGAUGUGAUUUAGCAUCUUGCUUUCCUCAUAGGCCAACAUUACUCAAUCUGGUAAAAUAAGCUGCCUAGAUGUCUAUAAUUUUAUCAGAAUGGGUUUUUUUUAAUCAGCUCCUUCCUCUCAUCAUUCCUUCAUAGUUCAUGCAGAAUCCAGGGAACGAAUCACUUAGGUACAGAAGAGACUGGUGGGUGGUACUAGCUACCGACUCUGCCUGUUGCUAUGGCAAAUUGGCUGCUGGUGAAUAAAAUUCCAGCUCCCUUAGAGGCAUUUCCACCACCACUUCUAGAUUCAUACUCUUUUAAGGAAAACCCUUCACAUCCCCUGAAUUGAUUCUUGCAAGAAUUCAGCCAUUUAAGGAUAUGAAUUUUCAGCAAAGACUUGGGUGAUUAUACACCAUCUUCAUUGAGUACAAUUAUGUGCCAUGCCAUUGUAAAUCCAUUUUGCAACUGAUGAGUGAAUACGAAUAGUUGAAAUCAAUAAAGCUGGACUAAUUUUCCAUUAGAGUUGUCCAGAGUAUCCUUCGGGGGAUUCAGUUUAAGAAAGCUGGAGUUGAAUCAGCCUUUCAAUUUAACCCAUGCAUAAAACGUUUGGUUCUAAGGUUACUUCUUUAAAGGAGUACUAUAUAGAUAAUGAUAAUAUGCACAUGAUUCAGGCUUUGUAAAUAAAAUGUGCAGCCUUAUGCCACAUAGUUUGUCAAUUAAUAAAAGCAAAAAAUAGUAAAAUAAAGCGUAUAGUGCAGAUUCAGGUUAAGUAGAGUAGCCUUGCAUACCGCAGAAGCUGACUUACCACUCUUCAUUGCCUCCUUCUGUCACAGGUGUCAGUAUACUGUAUAUCACAGGAGAAGGCAAUUGGGAGGGAUCGUGGAAGUAGAAAUAUGACGGCUUCUUUAGAGCUGUCGUAUUUCUGUUGUAUUGAGAUUGUAGGCACUUCCUGAUGCACAAAGAGAGAGAGAUACUUUUUAAAAAAGGAAAAUAUAUUGUGAAAACAGACAGAAAAUGCUUGGUGGAAAAAAUUGAUGUGAUCAUCCAGUCUUCUGUGACCUUCCUUUUUUUCCAUCAGAGGGCAAUAAAAGUGACACUGCAACUCAAUGAAGGUAUGGAGAAGUUACCAUCCAUACCCCCAUUUGCAAGUAGCUUUGUGUGAGAUCACUUAAAUCAGAAGAUAACUUUUGUUUCAGGUCUUUGUUCCAUUGGGAAUAUGUGGAAAGCCACCGAGGGAAGGUUCUUAAUUCAAGCCAGGUGAACAGAAUUUCUAAGAUUGGAUAACAAACUAAUCUCAGUUUGUUUAGUGAACUGUGAACUGUGAAAGUUGCAAUAGCAGUAGUUUCAGAACAGGCCAUAACUUUAUAUAUCACCUUCAACUGAAUGGCAGUGCUUCCCCCAUAUACUUCAGGCAGAAAAUAUUUGUGCUUACCUUCUGACACAGGGCUAAGCAGAACAGCUACAUGUACCUUUUCUUUUCAAAAUGUUUACUGGCAUCAAGAAUACAACAAUUGGUAUGACAUCUAUAUGUAGGACAGAAAACUGACUCUCAAACUGCAAAUGUAUACCUUCAGCAUAAAGUUUGUGUAUGUAAUUAUGUAUUUUUAAUUGCUAUUGUUGUUCUUUAAUGUAUCUUGAGCUCCACCUACUGGCCAAACACAAAUCUCUAUUUGUGACCCAGCCCUUUAAGAGUCAUCUUCCCAGCAUCUCGUAUUCCAAAAACAAGUGCCUUCUGGGAAGCCAGACUCCAUUUCUUUAUCAUUUGAAGGAAACAGAAGCACCAGGAAAAAUCCAGCCUAAUCCAUGGCACAUGUUCAUCUGAGUGCAAAAAUCCAUAUCCCAUACACACAGCAUUGCUAGUGAGAUUUAGAUUUAUCUGUAUUGUUAAUUGUUAUGUUCACCAGCAACUCAGCACUGCUUAUUUUGUAUUUGGGUUUUUGUUGGAUAUGUUUCUAUUUUUCCCAGUUUUACCAUCCUGUUCCUUUAAUAAAGCAACCAGAUCUAUGUACUGUUUUAUUGGUGGAUAGGUGGGCUUAGCUACAUGUCAAAUUGCACCCAGAGUAACGUGUAGCAAGGACAGAAUAGUGAAACAGCAGCUACCCAGCAAGAGGGAUCCAGGAUAAUGACUAUACAGAGGCCUUCUUCUGCCAAUGCAGUUACCUGAAUACAGCUAUACAGCAGUCUCUACACAGUUGAGCACCUCCAGAAGACACCAUGUCACAGAGCCAAACAUCUUCAUAAAGACAAGGUCUCAAUCUUUAAUUCUUCCAAACAGUCAUCAGCAAGUAAUGCACUUGCCACUGCCAGUUCAAAGGGUGAAGCAGCAAAAGCUGAGCAAGAACUGGAAAUGAAAAGGAAAUGAAAAAAGAGAGAGCACAGUUCGGGGCAUCCCUGGAAAUAGAGAGACUUACCAUAGAGAAAGAAGUAGUAGCUGCCACAGCUGAAGUUAAAGCCCUAGAAAAAGUUGUAUAUUCUGACAACAAAUACAGUAAAUGCAGCAACGUGCUUGGGCCAGAAGCUUAAAUUCAAGCUCCUCUGCAACACACUUCAGAGUAUAUCUAUCAACAUUCCAGGCCAAGCAGCAAUGCUCACCUAGACAGAAAAGACAACCUGCCAGAAGCAAGCCAGAGAUGCUACUCAGCACCACUACAAGCCAAUGGCAAACCUCAAACCUACAAACAAGAGAGUUCCAAGCAAAGUUGAUGACAACCCCCUCCCCUUCAACCAAGGUAUCCGAGCCCACAAAUUAUCCCACAGGAUCAGCCUUUGUGACAGAGCAGCAUAGAAAGGACCAGCUGAAACCAGAGAUUCUUAAAAGAUACAAUUACAGGACACCUUUUCACCACAGCAAUGUGCAGUCAGCUAAUUAAGCCACCAUAGACUUUGCCAAGUUCCUUGCAUGACAUAAGUUAGUCACACAAGGACUUGAAAGGUUUAAUGAUCAUCCUGAAAGCUCUAGAGCCUGGUGAUCUUCUUUCCAAAAUGCUAUCAGAGGCUAAGAUUUGUCAUGCAGUGAAGAGAUAAACGUAAUAGUUAAAUGGUGCGGACUUGAAUCUGCUGAGCAUGCAAAAUGAAUCAGGACAAUAAAUAUAAACUACCCUGAAACAGGCCUUAAAAUGAUCUGAGACAGGCUUGAUGAGUGUUGUGGCUCAGCAGAAGCAGUGGAAAAUGCACUUGAUUGCUUUCUCAAAAUACCUAACAGAGCCUAUCAGAAACUUAGGGAAUUUAGUGACUUACUGAUGGAACUUCAAAUAGCUAACUCAGAAGGGGACUUGCAAGAACUUUCAUUCUUUGAAAACAGCCAGAGGUAUCAACUCCGUUGUAUAAAAGUUACCCUAAAACGUACAAGAACAGUACACAUGGCUACAAUACAAAAGGAAGUACAAUGUUCCAUUUCCCCCCUUCUCUGUUUUUGUAGACUUCAUGUGCCAACAAGCUAAAACAAGAAAUGAUCCUAGCUUCGACUUUAUAUUGUCAUGUGAUGCUCCUUCAGAAUAUAAUCCUCGCAAGCCUUCAGUAGCAGUCCACAAAACUAACAUGGCUACAUGUUGCUCAUCAGCACAUCAGUUUGCCAAAGACUGUAAGGUCAGUGUAAAAUGCAGAGAAUGUGGCAGCACAAGCCACAACACAGCUUAUAUCCAGGCUUUACAACAUACUUAUAGUGCCAAUGAGCUCCGCAAAGAGGAAGAACACACUGCUACAACCACAACAGAAAUAAUUCAAAAUGCACAGAACUCAGUAAAGAGAAUGUAGGCAGCAGGUUCUGAUCCAAAAUCUGUUUAGUCAGAAUCUACCCAGCAAGUCAAAAGGACAAAACCAUUAAAGCUUUAUGCUAUUCUAGAUGAUCAAAGUAACAGGUCUCUAGCCAGCUCAAACUUCUUUGGCAUUAAAGGCCCCAGCACUCCCUAUUCCUUAAAAACUUGUGGAAUUGUGGAGAUGGUGGGGAGAAGAGCAUCUGGUUACCAAGUCGAGUCGGUAGAUGGGAAAAUGUGCCUGACUUUACCAACACUUAUUGAAUGCAACCAGAUCCCUGACCAUAGAUCUGAAAUCUCUACACCAGAUGCAGCGAUUCAUCACACACAUUUGAAUCUCAUAGUGCAUCUGAUACCAGAGCUUGAUCCUCAGGCUCAAAUAGUCUUGCUCCCAGGGAGACAUACCUUAUGAGUCCACAAAGCAAGAGCUCAGAUCAGUGGUCCCUACAAUGCUCUAUACAGUCAGAAAUUAGACCUAGGAUGGGUCAUUAUAGGAGAUGUCUGUUUAGGAAGCGUGCACAAACCAACUUCUGUUAGGAGCAUGCUUAUAAGCACAUUAGAGAAUGGACAUCCUUCUGUUUUUCAGCCAUGCUACAACCAAUUUCUCUUAAAGGAAUCACCACACAUUACCCAUUUGCCGUGUCCCUUCAUAGGCUCCUUUAGUGACAACCUCAUCUGUGACAGUGACCAAGAUCAUUUUAAGGUGCACAGUGUUUCAAAACACAAAAGAUGACAAUGUCUACCGAGGACAAACUCUUUUUUAGAAAUGACAGAACUGGGAUUAGUCAAAGGAGAUACUGACAACUGGAUUGCCCCUCUUCCCUCCGUAUCACAUAGGCGACACCUACCUAACAAUAAAAAACAAGAUAUAGCAGGCUCCAGAGUUAACUAUGCUAUUCGUACCACAGCUCAAAUGGUGCAGCAGCCUACAGCCACACCAGAAACAUCAGCAAAGGUCAAAAAGCAAUUGAACAAGUCUUCUGCAGAGCCUUUCAUGGUAUCUGCUCAAGAGGAACUUCCAUUCAGUCAGCCACAGAAAGAGCCUAACAUAAAGUAUGAGACAAAUACAUCAGAGACUGGUACAUCCUCAGAACAAAUUGGUUUCCUCAUUUCAGAAGUGGCUCCACUCAGCAAAUACACCAAAGGUUCAGUUUCAUCCAUCCAAACCAAAUGCAGAGAAAGAAAGAGCAGUUCACAGAAGAGCAAAUCCAGUGAUCUACAUUUGCUAAUGGACAUGGCUUGCAAGCAAGAGCAUUUUCUGAAGGAAGAAUAUUCAACAUCUCAUAGAUCCCUAAUGAAUGGAAAUUCAUCCAACGCAGAAUCUGAGGGCAACUCUACAGUAGCAGAAGCAGUGACAUGCCAGCCUCAACACUAAGUCACUACCCAGAUUCCUUCACACUUGACUCAUAUUCCAUUGCCAGAAAACUGUGCUCUAUAUAUCAGAUGAUCUCAGCAAUUCUAAGGGAGAAGCUAGCAAUGGGAUCUGAUAUUCCAAAUUUAGAUUACUGUCAAGUUCCCAAUCACAUUGAAAACAACAGUUACAUAACUCUAUCAACAACCGUAUCAACAAAAAGCAAUGGCAGUUCACCUAAUGUUUUCGUACAACUGUUUUGGGUUUAUUCCUGGCAUAGCAGCUAAAUUCUUCCAGUAAUGUGAUGCAGGGAACAGCCCCUAAUUGAUAUGAUCCACUCAGUACCUGUCAGCAGCUAGAAGCUGAUCUUUCCUGUGAAAUCUUUUAGGGGAUCCAUACCUUAUUCCUGCUGCCCAUCUUCCAUUUGUCCUUUGAUAGGGACAUGUCAGUGUUGGGGUUGUAGCAUUCCAUGUGACUACAACAUGCCACCUUUCACUCUCAAUGUACAAAGUUGAGAGCCCUUUUGCCACCACUAGCAUCUGUCAGGAAAACCUUUAAACAGAGUGGAAAAAUUCUCAAACAGCCUUAUCUGAUCUUUGUGUUGCACACCCAUAUGCUCUUGUACCCUCUACAGUACAAAGCCAAAAACAUUUUCUGAUGUUUCUGUCAAAGUAAUAAUUGCUGUUGCCUAUUUAAAAACAAUAGAACUAAGUUGUUCCUCAGACCAGUUUCUGAACUGAUCUUGUUACUAUCUGAGGACUUAAAUAGUGGUAUCCAUUGAUUCCAGGCAGGGAGUGUCAUGCCUCCAGCAAAACGUUUGUGUGUGUCAUUAUUUUUAUUGCUAUUGUUGUUCUUUAAUGGUCAUCUUCUCAUCAUCCCUCAUUCCAAAACCAAGUGCCUCCUGGGAAGCCAGAUUUCCUGUAGAAUUCGGAGAAACAGAAGUACUAGGAUCCAUGUCACAUGUUCAUUUGAGAGCAAAAAUUCACAUCCCAUACACAGCAUUGCUGGCGCAAGUUAGAUUUAUUUGUAUUUGUUGUGGUUAUGCUCACCAGCAACUCAACACUGUUUAUUUUGUAUUUGGGUUCUUAUUGUAUGUUUUUCUAUUUUUCCCAGUUUCACCAUCCUGUUCCUUUAAUAAAGCAUUCAGAUCUA